CCAAAAUGGAGGCUCGGUACCUCCCCAGACGACGUCUUUUGAGCGCAACGGUUGGCAUUUAGACAAAUCCCCGGUAAGCCUAGGCUAUAUAUUUUCGUUAAGACGGACAACUUUAAUUUUGAUUUUAAACCAGACUAAAUGUACAUCAUUAAAAAGCUACGGGCGUGUGAUUUGUUACUUGAGAUGGUAGUUAAUGACACCCUGAAGACGCUCAUUACCAUCAACGCCUCAUAUGGUUGAGCUGUUCUGGAUUAAUGUAAUGAUAAAAAAUGAGUUUAUCCAGUUUAUACUCACCAAGCUGAUCACCUUCCACUACCAUUGGAGCCAUUGUCGCUGGCCAGGGUGCUGAAACUGUCCGUCUGCUUUAACACCGCCCUCCCUCGUCGACUGAGAAGAUGCUUGCUUCAAAUAUCCGCAAUAUUUCCACUGUUUUUUUUUUAUUUUCAGCAGUGUCCGUGGUUAAAUUUAGCGUUAAAAACUGGUAAAUGUCUCUUGUUUUUAUCGGAGAGAAAGAUGGAGGCGGGUGGGUGUAUCUGUCCUCAGCCUGCUGCUGUUUCUCAGUGAUGCGUGAGUGUCUCAGAGGCGGCAACACCCCGAUUCUCUCUCUCUCUCUCUCUCUCCCUUCCUCUCUCUCAAUCACACUCACACACACACACACACACACACAGAAAGAGAGAGAGAGAGAGUUGACUAAGCCCCCUCCCUUCCUGGGGACGAUGAGCUCAUCAGUGCUGACGCAGUUGUGACGGAGGAUGGCUGUGAAAUCAGGACCCCCGAUACAGAUACACCACGGGGAUGACAAUUUCCCCGAGGACUGCUAAGGAAUGAACACCCUCAGUCAAUUUUCAGUUCAGUUAAAAACAACUUUAAUGGCAUGAAUGUCAGAGAAAAUAUUGCAAUAUUGCCAAGGGGUACACAACAUUACGCAUUGAUCAAUCAGCUUAGUGAAUGAAAUAUACAUUUGAUUGAUAAAGUCUACAUAAUGUAGUUGAAUGGUCUCUGUCUUUCUCCCUAAUUCUAUGCCUCAGUAGACCAGAGUGCACAAUGUAGUAGCUGUUGUAUUUUGAAUAACCAUCCUGCAAAAUACAUUAGAUACAAUACUGUGGUUUCAGGGGCGAGACAAGGGGCAUUAGGGAAAGCUGCCAGGAAGCCCACCACUGGGGGCCCACAGGUCAGGGGGGUAGUCCUCCAUCACAGAAGUAGGGCAGGCUGGGAUGGAGGUAAAAGGAGUGACCGGCCUGAGGGCAGACCAGGGGAGAAGGCACUGCUACCUGGUUGGCUGACCUGGGAUCAGGCACUGAGACCCGACUAUCGAACCUUUACUAGGAUCCCUCUCCUGGGAGCAGCUACAGGGGUUGCCAAACAGGGCAUAGAGUACAUAUGAAAGCAUCAACAAAGACACAGGACUCAGCAGGGCCUCAGACAAGGACACAGGGGAUGUCAGGACAAGAGUCGGCAGGGUGUCUAAAAAGGUCACAGGAGUUGGCAGGACCUCCAAAUUGAAAAGCAGCGUGGCUUUAAAAUUGCUCGGCAGCUUUGGCAGGAGGUGCCGCUGGGAGUUCCGUUUUUCAUGUCUCUCUCUUUGGCCACCUUUGGUCCUGGGUAAAAUUGCCAAGUGUGUUCCAAGCCAAGGGGACUGCUCAAUAGGGCAUUGGCCUCUCACAUUAGAGUAGGCCUUUUUAAAAAAUACCUUGUCCAAAUCAAAAUGAUUUGAUUUGGACCAUGGUAUGUCAGGUCUUUCUGUCACAAUGGAACAAAAAUGGAGGCCUCAUGUGCAGAAACCAAGAGUUUAUUGAACAAAAAAACAAAAAGUUAGAUGAAAUUGUUUGAACACUAGGAGCUUGAUAUAAGAAGUUCUGGACCAAUCAUAGAUCCUUAGGGUACCCCACAAGUUAUCUUACUGAACUUAAGCACAGUAUCCUCAAUUUGGAUAUCAUGAUGUCUAUUUUCUAAAUAACAUCCCACCCAGGAAAAAAUAACACCAAUGAAAACAAAAGGAAAUACAGAGCAGUGAACCUGAAUUUGGUGACUGGUAGUAGACUUCCAAAGGCACAGACCCACCCCUCCCACACCGGUGAACAUUCAGGGAAAGGACAUUAAGACUGUGGACUCCUACAAGUACCUGGUCAAAGUCGACUCCACCUACAGAGGAAAAUGAGGUCCUUUAAUGUGCAGGGAACUGGGGACCUUGUGUGACUCUGAAGUGGCCUCAGCCAUCUUUUAUGGCUUGUCCUGCUGGAGCAGGAGCAUCACGACUGCAGACAUGAUCAGACUGAACAAACUGGUGAGGAGGGCCAGCUCUGUCCUGGGCUGCCCUCUGGACCCUGUAGAGGUGGUGGGGGACAGAAGGAUGAUGGCUGAGCUGUGGUCUCUCACAAACAAUGUUUCCCACCCCCUGCAGAGCAGCACUGGGCAGCCCCGUCAGUAACAGGCUUCCACACCCGUGGUAUGUGACAAAGAGAUACUUCAAGUCCUUCCUUCCUGCUGCAGUCAGACUGUUUAUUAAGUUUAGUUCAAUGUUAUCUUUAUAUGUAUUAUACACAGGAUGUAUAUUUAUUAUAACUGCAAAUACAUACAUAUAUAAUUACUAAAAUAAUGUGCAAUUACAUGUCCAACUUUUUCUUGUUCACUGUGUGAAACUAUUUUCUUCUAGUUUUAGUCUUUCCUCUUAUGUGACUUUUUGUUGUUGUUGUUGUUGUUUAGCUCUAAAUUAACUUUUUAUAAUUAUCUGUGAACUUUGUGCACGCUGAGACAUUCUUCUAUGUUCGCUGUGCUGAUCCUUUGCUGCUGCUAACACUGCAAAUUUUCCCACCAAGUUGUAAGGAGGACUUGUAAAAAUUAACUCUCUAGCCAAGAGAUUUAGGACUCAUUAUAAUCUUUUACUGACCCCUGGUGUACAUGGGACAGAAUGCAUCCUCGUAUGUACACAAAAGAAACCAGCCACCCUUUACAUUGAGACUGGCGACAACCAUUUGUGAACCUCACACCCCACAGGAGAAGUCUCUCCUCUGGUCAAAUGGGCAAGGUUUCGCGCAGAAACUCUUACUUGAGAGUUUCUAACCUAUAGAGCUCUCUCAGCUAUCUCAAAGGACAUCAACUGAAGCGUCAAUCACCUCCUGUUGGUCAAUCUGAGAAGACAAAAGGAAGUUGUUUAUCACCUACAGAAUCUAUUUCUGUCUACCAAGGUCCUCAGUGCUAGAUUUACCACCUUUUACCCUUCAAAGAUAUUUGGAGCCGAGGCAUGAUGAGGGUACUGUGGGGAAACUAGCAUUUUUUCAAUGGUGCAAUAUGUAGUUAUGAUAUCUAGCAUUUAAAAAGAGUACUGUAUCUUCUCUAAUGUUUUUAUUUUAAUAAUUUCUAUAUAUUUUUUUACUUUACUUUCAAAUUCUGUAAAUUCGUGUACAUCUUUUUAUAUUAAGGCCUAGAUCUAUAAUAACACAUUAAUAAAAAGUCACAAAGAAUUUUAAAAGACAAUGUACAAAAAAUAGAAGAGUCAAACUUGGCAUGACAAGACAUUAGUAUGGAGUCCUCUUUAAUGCCUAUUUAAUCACUUUAUAUGAUUUUCAGACCAAAAAGCCUCAAGUCUGCUGUCUCUUACAGCUUAUAAUAAACAAACAAUAACAAACAUCAGCCCUUAUAAAACUGACUCCGUAAUUCACAGCUCCUAUAUUAAAUUUGAUAAGAUAUAAAAUAAAGAAACAAGAAAAUCUGAGGUAGAUAAUGUAUAUGUUUAUGCUAGAACUUUGAUUGUAACAUGAUGCUUUGACAUGUAUCAGUGUUUUAUAAUUCUACAAUUCACUGUGUGUGUGUGUGUGUGCGUGCGUGCGUGCGUGCGUGCGUGUGUGCGUGCGUGCGUGUGUGUGUGUGUGUAGAGUGAAAAAGGUUUUUGUGGAUAAACAAACUUAACUUUUCAAUUAUCCACUCAAGGAAUAUAAUAUUAGCCUAACUGGGCCAUCCUGUUGCGUGAAUCACCUGCCUGUUAAUUCUGCAGUUGACUUUGCAAAGUCGGCAGAAUAAACUUUGAAAAGUCCCGCAGCAUGUGUUAGACAUCACCGUUUACACAUGGUAGUACACAUAGUACAGGUACACAUUGUAUAUACAGUCUAUGCAAGGGAUUCAUGCAACAGGAUGGCCCAGCCAGGCUAAUAUAACAUGUCAUUUGUCCUCUCCUCAAACACUACUAUGAAGUCUGACAGCAGAGGAGUGGCACUUGGAUAUGUAGGUGGGAAGUUAUUUGGUCAGGAUGAGAAAAUUAAGUUUUAGCCAUGGGUGUGUAAUGCUGAUGUGCUCCUGGGAGGAUCAGAUCAUCCGUUAAAGAAGUUUGCAGCUUGGUAAGUAAUAAGAUGGUUGGUUAUAUCUGCUAUUAUAGCUGCUGUCCAAUGGUACAGGAGCUGUUUUUCCUCAACUUCUGAUGUUUGAGUUGUUUAAUUAUAAGUAAAAAGCUGAGAAAAAUCAUUUUGACUUCAGAUUUUAUCAAAUAGCAAAAUCAAACUGAAGCACCAAUGGGAUCAAAAAUAGGGUAGUAAAUAUUGUGCGUGUGUGUGUGUGUGUGUGUUUUUGAGUUGUUAUGUGUAUCUUUUGUGACUGGUAUUUACAUGAUCAAACUGGAAAAAACCAAUAAGUGACAAUGACAGUAGGGUCACACUAAUUUCUCUACCUUUUAUUUUUAUUCUGUUUUUUUUUUCUUUUCUAGUUUUACUGAUAAAAGCUGUCACACAAUAAGUCCUGCUGCUAUGUCACCAUGCAAAAGACUAUUGAAUCUCCUCGGAUUUAUGUUAUCCUUGUUUCUCAUCACGUUGUCCUUUCACCAAUGGAUGCUGUCUGUGGAAAAGAAGGUACUUUGAGUCUCUCUCUCUCUCUCUCUCUCUGUGUGUGUGUGUGUGUGUGUGUGUGUGUGUGUGUGUGUGUGUGUGUGUGUGUGUGUGUGUCUGUGUGUGUGUCUGUGUGUGUGUCUGUGUGCGUGUGCAUGCACAUCCUGUUUUUUGUUUGGAAAGGGAUUUGGUUUGUGUAAAUAUGGAGUUGUGUUGCUUUUGUGCUCCACUGCAUUUGAAAUAGUCUGAACUUAAUUGAGUGGAUUAGCAGAUGGCAAAUGUAUGACAUUACCCCUGAUUUCUUUAGGAAGACAUAAUCUUAUUUUACUUACCUCGGCAGGAAGGAUCUACCAGACCCAAGGACUGAGAAAGCAGCUGCUCGGAGAAAUGUGUGAUAGUAACAGAGCAGUACUCUUUGAAGGAAAGCACAGUUUGGAGGACUUCAGUGAUAAAGAGCUCGAAAAUCUUGUGGUGGAUGAUAAUCAUGGCGUCAUCUACUGUUAUAUUCCAAAGGUCAAUUUCUUUCAUUACAGUACACUAUAAAUAAUUUAAGAACCCUUUUCUUAGAAGAAAAUGUUUAAAAAAUACCAGAAAUAUAGAGGACGCCAUGUUUAAAGUCUGCAUAUCAACGUUUGAUUUGGUUGAUAUGGUAGCAAAAAGUACUUCUUUAGAUAAUGAAGGGUCAAAGUACAGGUCAAACCAAAAACGGUGAACACUGAAUACCAGUUUGAUGGUGGUCUGUCAUAUUUUAUCAUCCACAGGUGGCAUGUACCAACUGGAAGAGGGUUAUGGUUGUUCUGAACAAGAGUGAACCAUAUCAAGACCCAAUGUCAAUAUCUGGUGACUUGGUACACCUCCCCAACAUACUCACUAAACUAACCAGCUUCCCAAGAACAGAAAUGAAGGUCAGUUUCUCAAGUAAAAUCCUUAAAUAUCCAUUUUUUUAAUCAAAGGCAUGAAAGAUUCAGUUAAUUUAAUUACUUACUGAAAUAACCCAAACAGACUGCGUGAUAGAGGGUUGAUGUAUUUUUAUAUCUGUCAACCACAGGCAAAGCUGAAGCACUACAUCAAGUUCUUGUUUGUCAGGGACCCAUUCGUGCGCCUCAUCUCUGCCUACCGGAAUAAAUUUCAAAGGCACAAUGAGUACUUCUAUCACUAUUAUGGCAGGGAUAUUCUGCGUCGAUAUGGUAACCACCCAGAUCCACCACGGACUGCGCAUGAAGCAAUAGAAUCUAAAGUACAACCUUCAUUUUACAACUUUAUUCAGUAUCUGUUGGACCCUGAUACAGAGAAGACAACGCCAUUUGAACCCCACUGGAGGCAGAUGCACCGCCUUUGCCAUCCCUGCUUCAUACAGUAAGGCCAUUAAUCUGAGGCUGUAGCUGUGAAAGCAAAGCCUUCUGUGUUAUUUCUUAAUCACUCAGCAAAUGAACACAUCAUAGGGUGGAAUUAUUAUCCUGCAUAUAUCACUGUGGGGAACAAAAAUGUGCAAUGUGAUUAUAAUUGGGUUUCAAAGUAAGCAUAGAAAAGAAACCUAUUAUUAUUUGUGAUGGACUUAGGAUUCCUAAAAUACCUGCUACAGCCAAGGUUGCUAACUGACGGCUCAAAGGAAUCAGGUGAUUAAGAUAAGAUAAGACGAAGAACAAGAAAGAAAAGAUAAGAUAUGAGAUGAGUUAAACUGAGUUAAGUUAACAAAGAUGAAUGAGACGAGUUGAGUAGAGCUAAGUUGAGCUGAGUUUAGUUAAGAUUAGGUGAGUUUAGCUAAGUGGAGCUGAGUUGACUUGAGUUCAUUUGAGUUGAGUUAUGUUGACUUGAGUUAACUUUAGUUUGGUUAGGUUAAGAUAAGUAAAGAUAACAUAAGAUGAGUUUAGUUGUGUUGAGUUUAGUUGAGCUGUGUUUAGAUGAGAGAAGAUAAGUUAUGGGUUUGCUUAAGUUAAAUUCAGUUUACUGAAGUUACGUUUAGGUAAGAUAAAACAUAUAUUACAAUAAAAUCAGAUGAGAGAAAAUCAGUUCAGUUAAAUAAUGUUAAGAUGACAAAAAAAUGAAUUAAUAAUAAAAUAAAAUAAAAAAACUUGCCAGCUUAGGGGGAAUUUACUUCAUCUAGCAGCUCAAAAGGGAAAAGUGGACAGAGAUGAUUAUCCAGAGAUGAUCAUUUUAAAUAUGGACAACAACAGAAGCAGAAAAAAAUGACAAGUACUAAUGAACAUUUGGAAUAAAUAAUGGUUUAGCCAUCACUAAUGGAAAAAUAAGCCUUACCUUUGAAAUGACCUUCGUCCUCAAAUUUGACCUUUUCUGUAGUUGAUAACAGCAGAAAUCUCUAAUAACUCAAUGCUUAUUUUUUUAACUGUUUUUAACUUAUAAAAUUCUUGAAAUGUCCCUCUAACAAGAGCAAAAAUGACCAAACAACUGCUGAAACAAAUGUUAAGUGCUUGUUUGUUUUGUUUGCAGAUAUGAUUUUCUUGGCCAUCAAGAAUCUCUACAAGAGGACGCCGAGCAGCUACUGAGUAUCUUAAAGCUCGAGGAUGCCUUUAAAUUCCCUUCUUCCUAUGAAAACAUGACCUCCCCUGAGUCUCUGCUGGACUGGUUCAGAACAGUACCCGUAGAGGACAGAAAGCAGCUGUAUGAUCUCUAUGAAGCGGACUUUAAGCUCUUUGGCUAUAGUAUACCAGAGAAACUGCUUGAUGGUUGA